AUGAAUACCAAGGCUUUACUUUUUCUAGCUAUGUUGGUGGCUUCCACCCUUCUCAUUUCAACUGAGGCUGCUCGCAAAGACUUAGACAACAAAAAUGAUAACUUAGAAACAAAUGGGAUAGAUGAGAGCAAAUAUGGCGACGGCCCAUGGCAUGGUGGGAGUGGUUACGGCGGAAGAUAUUGUCAUCACGGUUGUUGUGAUUAUGGCUACCAUGGAGGCUGUAUAAGAUGCUGCUAUUAUCCUGGUGAACAUCUUGAUAUUGGUAUGGAUGCUGAGCCUCACAACUAA